AUGAACUUGCCGAUAAUCGAGCGCCUUCGCUCCUCACCGCCAUGCAGCCUCCCGGGCACCGAAGGGGAAGAUGGUGAGAUCAAUAUCCUGGGAGAGGAGGAAGAUGAAGACGACGAGGAAGAAGAGGAUGAAGUGGAGGAUGAGGGGAGCCCGCAGUCCCUGGAGCAGCUGCACCAGCCAGAGCCGCAGGGGGCGCGGCGUGGUGCGGGAGCGCUGUCCCGGGAGCGCGCGGAGAGCAGAGGCUGCCGGAGCGACUCCCCCGAGCUUGGUACCAAGUUCACGGCCUCCACUGGAUCUGCGGGGACCUCUGGGGAUGCCCCGCAGCCCGCGAAGCCCCCCUACUCCUACAUCGCACUCAUCACCAUGGCCAUCCUGCAGAGCCCGCACAAGCGCCUCACGCUCAGCGGCAUCUGCGCCUUCAUCAGCAGCCGCUUCCCCUACUACCGCCGCAAGUUCCCGGCCUGGCAGAACAGCAUCCGACACAACCUCUCGCUCAACGACUGCUUCGUCAAGAUCCCCCGAGAGCCUGGUCACCCGGGCAAGGGCAACUACUGGAGCCUGGACCCCGCCUCCCAGGACAUGUUCGAUAACGGCAGCUUCCUUCGGCGCAGGAAGCGCUUCAAGCGCCACCACCCGCCCGCAGGAGCCCACCUGCACCACCCCUUCCCCCUGCCCGCAGGGCCAGCCGCCCUGCACGGCCCCUAUGCGAGCCUGCUGCUCAGGUCUCCAGCCCGGCCGCCGGUGUUCGGGGCCUACCCCGCAGCCGCUCCCGGGAGCCGCCUGUGCUCCUUGCUGCAUCCUCAUCCCCUUCGCUACCUCCUGCUGUCCGCCCCUACCUACUUGGAGGCACCGAGGAAAGUGCAAGGAAUGGACCUGGUGACCCCCAGCGGCUCCCUUAGAGCGCUGCAGCUCGCCGUGGGCUCCCAGCCUUGGGAGGUGGCCAAGGGGACCGCGUCACGGCCCGGAGGGGGAUGCACCUCCUUCAGCAUUGAGAGUAUCAUGCAAGGAGUCGGAGGAGGGGGUACAGAGACCUCCCAGAGUCUGUCCCCGAAUCCAUGGAGCUACUGUCACCUGCUGCAACGCCCAUCGUGCCCAUUGCACACCCAGGCCGCUGCCCCCUUGCUCCACGUGUCUGCCGCCUCUGCCGUGGCAGCCGCAUCCGCAGCUCAGACAGUGUUGGAGCAGCAGCAGCAGCAGCACCAGGACUUGGCCAGCAAAGGCGCGCUGCUGGGCCAGCACCUAUCCGCUUCUGCGCUGCUGGGGUGUCAGCCCGGAGCAGAGGGCUCCAGGCGGAAGUCAGGCUGCAAGGGGAUCUGGGGAGAAGAGGAAGGGCAGGGAGACCCCGUCCUUCUCUCCCAGCCGCCUGUCCUUGAACACUGCACCUCGCACAGCCCGGACUAG